AUGCUAAAAUUGUGGUGGAUUCAGCGUAUCCACAUCCUUAGAGGCUGCCUGAGUGACCCUGAGGUGGAGGAAGGAAUCCUCUACAGAUAUGGGGGAACGCUACAACUGAAUCAUGUCAAGGGUGAAGGAGCUGCUGUGCCCAUCUGGAUCCCUAUCAGAGGCACUUCACAGCAGAGGGGUUUCAUUUCCACCAGGCUCAGUGGAGGCCCCCCGCAGACUGUGAUUUUUAAACGUUUUUCUACUCCGAGUGCUGUGACAGUGAAGGAACAAACAUCUGAGGAGUUUCUUUUAGAUGCAGAACUGCCAAGCACACCACCACUGCCUUUAGCUGCUUCUCCCUGUGCUGCUCGGACUGGACCCAUUAAGACAGGUGGUCGAGUCUUUGUGUUGGACCAUAACAGAUGGACAGAUCCAAUGAGAAAUGCCAUUGAUGGUUUGCUUGCCAAGCACCACGGGAGCAAGGACCUCCUGACAAAGGUGGAUGCUGAAUAUGCUGCUAUGGUACAGAGUGCCUGCACUGACCCAAACAGCCUUUUGCACUCAACCACAAAGCAGCACAUAAGCAGGUACAUAAAACACCUUGCUAAAAAAAAGAACACUAAUGCUUCACUCAACACCAGCCCAGAAAAGCUCCUGGAGACACAGCAGUUAUGGCAGCGUCUUCAUUCAGGCAGUGAAACCAUCAGUGUCCCAGUGACAGUACUUCCACCUGCCCCGGUCAAUCCACCCGCAAAGAGUGUUCCUGAGGCUGUCUCUCUAGACCAGGCAGCGCUUGAAAAGAUGGUGAAGGACAUCAUAGAGAAGCAGCAGGCAGUUCAGAAGCAACAACAACAGCAAAUGCCACAAAAAAAGCUCACCAGAUCCUGUUUAGCCUGUGGUCAGCCUAAGUCUCGAUACAUGGGUGAUGGCACCUCAAUACAUUUCUUUUAUCAAGGCGGUGAUGUUAAAUACUUCUACUGCUCCAAGAAAGUUUUUGACACAUAUUCAGCAGAGGGCCUGACCAACCCCAGAAUGCCUUUUGAAGACUUUGCAGCGACUCCUUUUUUUCAGCGAGAACUGGAGUCUUCUAAGCGGAGAGGGGCGGAAAAUAAGAGGGUGAUUGAGGAGAGAAGCAAGAGGAAGUCUGUAGUAGAGCAUCCUACUGGUCGUCUGUGCAGAUUCUGCCACCUGCCACUGAAACAAGGCCAAACAGUCCUCAUAUUCACACUGGUUUCCCUGGAGUGGCAGGCUCAGGGAAUGAGCACAGAAAUGUCAUGGAGAGACUUUCAGCAGUCUCCAUUCUAUGAGGCCGAGAAGAAGAGUGGAUUGAGGAAAAGAAAAAAAUGA